UGGCGAGGCAGGAAAUUCCGUAGUGGAUUUGUGGCGCAGUUAUGGGUGUGUUUCUUUCAAAAGGCAGCGAGUUAUUGGUUACACCGGAACGGCAUGCUUCAGUUCAGCAGAUAGGAGGGGUAUACGCAAAACGGGACGGACGGUACGUUGCUGUUUUUUCUUCCCCCUUGUGGAAUCUUACUUCCAAGGGGAAAUGCGAGAGGCCUGUUGCCAUGUCUGGGUUUCAUUUAGUGCCAUUGGACGGGGGUUGCCCUUUGCCACUGCCACUCGGGGAGACAGUGAUAGGAAGAGGCUCUUUUUUGGGAGUUACAGAUAAAAAAGUUUCCAGGAAGCAUGCUAUUCUGAAAAUAGUUGGUGACCAGCUUAGCAUCAAACCGGUCCAUGUGAACCCUUGUUUUUACUGGCCUGUUGAAGAUGACCAACUAUUUCCACUGGAUAAAGAUAAGUGGCAUCAGUUGUGUCCAGGUGACAGUUUUUCUCUGUUAGUAGACAAAUACAUUUUCAAGGUUCUGCGUACUUCACUGGAAAAGGAAAGCCUGCUAAGGGAAAAUGGUAAUCUCUGUGUAGAAGACCUACCAGAUCAAAUCCCCACAACUCUGCAGUCAACCAUGACGUCUCACAGUCAGCCUUCAGAACAAUCAACAAUCCCUUCUAACAAAAAACAGCUUCCAGAAGUACAUUCACUUAUGGAAAACGCAACCGAAAUCCCAGAGAAGUUUACUCUUCCUAAAAAAGAAGAAUCAAGGCCUGCUCAGCGAAAAAGACAGCUUCCAGAAUGGAUGCUGCCAACAGAUCUAAUGGCUUCAACUCAGUCAACCUCUAAAACUGGUAAUAAUGAAGAAAUAAAGCCAGAUCUAAGAAAAAAGCAGAAAAUUCUUGAAAGUGAAGAUUCCACCCUUCUAAAAGAGGAGGUAUUUACUAAAGAUGUUGCAAAGAAAAUGCCAAAGAUUGGAAGUAAAAGAAUAUCUCAGAAAGCUGAAAGUUCAGUUGAGCAAUUUAACAGUCAGCUGGAUAAUGAAGAGCUGGAUCUCAAGUCAGAUGGACAAGCAUCUCAGCCUACUCAAGUGCAUACAACAAAUACAGAAGAAAACAAAUUGGAGAGCAUUAAUUCUGAAACCAUGCAGGUUUAUAAGGAGAAGCCAUCACAAUCAUUACUCCAUCAGGGUGAUAUUCAAGAGACUACUCUGAAUCUGGCUAUUGGAAUAGAUACUUCAAAUAUAACGGAAAGUCAAGAGAUGCAACAGAGUUCUCACAUAAACAAACCUCAGAGGAUUGCUUGCCAAUAUGGGAGAAGCUGCUACAGAAAGAAUCCUAUACAUUUCCAGCAGUUUAGUCACCCUGGUGACAGUGAUUAUCAUGAUUCAGAAGCUGUAACUCAUGUUGAUGAUGAUAGGCCUGAAUGUCCUUAUGGAACAGCUUGUUACAGAAAAAAUCCACAGCACAAGUUGGAAUAUAAACACACAGCUCCUCCAGAAUCUGAAAGAAGGCAGACAAGAUCAAAAGUUACAAGAAAAGUAACAAGUGUUCUUGCGGAUGAGAGUGAUGAUGAUGGUGAACCAAAUGAAUACAACUUGAAUGACAGUUUUAUAGAUGAUGAAGAGGAGGAAGAAGAGUAUGAUCCUACUGAUGAAGAUUCUGACUGGGAACCAGAUUGUCAAGACAAUGACGGUGAAGAUACGGACAUGCUUCUCAAAGAAGCACAGAAUUUUGUUAAAACUAAGAACUAACUGCAUUCAAAUAUUUUGAUAGAGUUUAUAAAGUAUCAUUCACCUACAUGAAACAUGUAUCCCAUUAGUUAGUAAUGUCAUUUUUUAAAUAAUGACUUACGUUAAUUUUACUUCAUAAAAUUGGAUUAUGUAUGUAUAUUUUCAAAAUUUCAUGACUCCACAGCUGAUAAUGCUUGUGAAAAGAUCUUAUGUGUUAGGGAGUACACUUAAGAUUGCUGGAUUAAUAUCAUCUUCGUAGUGAUAAAUAGGGCUUUGUGAUUUAAAAUAAUGCUUUCCUAAACUUUGUAUUAAUGCAUUUAAUUGCACAUAUGGAUAAAAAAAUCCAUAUUAGUAAUGGCACUAAUUUGGAUUUCGUUUCAUUUUUUUAUUGUCAGACUGAUAAUAAAACUGUAAAUAGUAACUGCA